AUGAGACGCGCAUUCUUAUGCUCGCGUCUAGAUUGUGAGCGGCUCGUUGGUGCUGCUGCCACACCUCGGCCCAUGUCAAGUGGCACGAUAGGUUUGAAUGUUGCCAGACCGUUUGUGCCAAGUGGUGCAGGUGCCAAGGUUGAAAGACGUGGAGAGGAGGCACCGGCACCACCUUCAGAGGCACACCGAGAGCUUGCAGCACUCUGUGUGAGUAAGGGCUAUGUGCUUCGCUUCGAUGGGUUCGAAUCCCUGCCGAGUGGCUUUCGCUGCGUGUUUCGAGUGGAGUUCCGGCGAAAUGGCCAAGCUGUCUCCGAGGUUUUCCGCUCAAAGAGAGUUCACGCCGCAAUUCGGGCUGCCCAAAAUGAUGCAGCUGCAGAGGCCUUGUUGCGGCUUCGGGAAGUCGACCAGGCACUUCAAAGAGGAACCGCCGCUGAGACAGAAGUGCCAAACGAGGGCACAGACCCAAGAGACCUUAAAAAUUGAAACUUGUGAUGGUCAGCGCAUUGGUAUGGCACGUGCGAAAAUGC